AAUAAGCUAAGUUGGCAACACUUCCUUGGAUAUCCUAACAACAAAAUGAGACACCACCUGACAAAGCGACUCCUGCACAUCUUUCCUCGUUCCAGUUUCGCCAAGAGAACACAUCCUUCCGCGGACCGCAAUUCCCAGCCGAUUUCCGAGGCUCUUCUGGCGCAAGUUGACCGGGAAUCAAAGAACUUGCAGUUGCUGGAGAUUGCCUCCGGAUCGGGACAACAUGCGGGAUUCUUGGCACCGCUGCUGCCCAACAUCACCUUCCAGCCGACGGAGUACGAGAGGCAGCAGUUGGACUCCAUUGCCGCCUACGCAAAGGAUUGCCCCACCGGCAACAUAAGAGCACCCUUUUGUGUGGACAUUACUCAGGACCCCAGAGACUGGGAAGUGCCCCCGACACCAGGCAGCUUCGAUUACAUGUUUAACUCCAACAUGAUGCACAUCAGUCCUUGGUCCUGUUCGCUGGGACUCUUUAGGGCUGCCGGGCAGCUACUAAAGAAGGGUGGCAGGAUGUUCACCUAUGGACCCUACGCCCAGGACGGCGUCCUCGUGCCGCAGAGCAACGUUGACUUCGACAGGAGCCUACGGAGCAGAGACGCCUCCUGGGGCGUUCGCGACAUCAAGGAUCUUAAGGCGGUGGCUCUGGAAAACGGUCUGGAGCUGGAGAAGCUGGUGGAGAUGCCCUCCAACAACAAGUUUCUGACCUGGCUUAAGCUGUAAAAUAGUGCACUAGAUUAAGGCAAUUGAUCGAUUACCCUCUUAGAUAACGCCAAUGGAGUAGUUAACGUCGUUUAUUUCGCGACAAUAAAGUUUAUUGGGGGCCAGCUCAUCAAACUA